GUUUGCACUUUUGCAAAAGUAAAAUGGCACUAUCAUUCUACUACUCUAUGCCUUCUUUCAAGUGCUUCAUAGUAUCAUACAUUUUAGUGCUCAUUUUUAGCUUCUCUAAUGUUGAAGCUCGUCAAAAGGAACUCUCAACAGAUUUCUACUAUUAUUCGUGUCCACAAGUACUCGAUAUUGUGCGCGAUGGAGUUGUAGAAGCUAUUAAGAAUGAAACUCGAAAUGGUGCUUCCUUGCUACGACUUCAUUUCCAUGAUUGCUUCGUCAAUGGGUGUGAUGGAUCAGUGUUAUUGGAUGAUAAUACAACAUUUACAGGAGAAAAAACAGCAUUUCCUAACAAUAAUUCUCUAAGAGCAUUUGAUGUGGUAGAUGUCAUCAAAGCUCGAUUAGAGAAAGUUUGUCCAUUGGUGGUCUCGUGUGCUGAUUUACUAGCUAUUGCUGCUCGUGAUUCUGUUUUUCAUCUAGGAGGGCCCACAUGGGAAGUAAAAUUGGGAAGGAGAGACUCACUGACAGCCAACAUAACAGCUGCCAACAUCUUCAUCCCAUCACCUUCAUCCAACAUCACUGUUCUUAAAUCUAAUUUUGCAUCUGUAGGUCUAUCAUUCAAGGACUUGGUAUCUCUUUCUGGAGCACAUACAAUAGGGUAUGCAAGGUGCACAACAUUUAGGCCAAGAAUUUACAAUGACGGUAACAUAAGUCCCUCCUUUAAAGAUUCACUAAGGAGCAAAUGCCCCCAAGUUGGAAGCGACGACGUUUUGCAAGGAUUGGACCUCAAAACUCCAUCUCAUUUUGACAAUUUAUAUUACAAGAAUUUGUUAACAAAAAAGGGAUUGCUUCAUUCUGACCAAGAGAUAUACAACAGCAACAAAGCUGAUCCUAUUGUUAGGAAAUUUUCAAGAGAUCUUUCAAAAUUUUACAGAGAUUUUGCAAAAGGCAUGAUUAAAAUGGGUGACAUUAGCCCUCUUCUUGAUAAUCAAGGUGAAAUUAGACAAAAUUGUCGAGUAGCGCGCUAAUUAGGCUCUAAAUCAAUCUAUUAAGUUGAUUCCCAUUAUGUAUUAAAAUGUGAUUAUAUAUAGCUAUUUUUUAGUUCUUUUUUUUGUUAUAUUACACAUAAUAAUAGUGUUCACAAUGUAUAGGAGUGUAAAUUGUACUCCUCUUUCUUUACUUCAUGUACAUUAGGAAAAAAUAAUAGUAACAUUUUUUUAAUUAAUUGUUAAAGUAUUGCUCUUCAA